GUUUUUGGAUGCUGCUUGCGCAAUUAGUUGCUUUCCACAUAGCAGCAGUGCCAUGGGGCAAGGCGAGUCCAAGCAGCCCGUGGUGGGCUUCUCGCCAAGUGGGUUCCUUGUGACGCAGGAGGAGAUGAAUGAAAUCAUCACUUCUUGCACAGAACAUGCAGCUGGGCUGCAGGCAGCAUCCACUCUGACUGAGGAGCAACAAAAGACAUUGCGAAAGCGGUGUCAGGUCAUGUAUGCCUUGGUCGACGGAGUGAAGCUGGACGCCUUGCUCAACUACAACAAAUGGAAAGAUAAGUUUGAGCUCCUUCAAAAUCAAGUAAAGGCUUCGGAGGAGAUCCCCGCCCAGGUGCUUUCGAUCUUGAUGCUGUGGUACGGCCUUCCAUCUGCGCUGAAGGAUGUGGAUCUAGACGAUCUGUUCAAAAAAAUACCGGACGAGAAGAACGCUAUUACAAAUUUUGCGGACAAGACGGGCUUGUCCGUGAUGAUGAAACUUGGGAAAGGUGUCUACACUGCUUGCAAGCAAGGCAGGCGCACGUUCCUGGAAAACCUUGACGAUGGCAUGACUGAGAUACAGCGUCUCCUCACGCAGCCCACGCCGCAGGAGCAACAUGAACUGUACCAGCUACUGAAUCAUGACAUAGCAGAGAACGACCUUGUCUUUCACAAGUUGAGGUUGGCUAUGAAGGGAAGAUUGGAUGCAAUGAUUGCCGGCCAUUGCUUUGCUGCCACCGGCUGGUACUUUUCUUACACUCCGAACCCAAUGAAAUCAAAGGAGCCGACCCUGAAAGUGGGAAUGUUCGCAACUGUUUGGACUGAAUACAAAUGCCAGUGCAUCGUUGAAGAGGGUGUCAACUUAUCGGAGGAGCUGUUCUGGCAAAUGGUUCCAGACAAACCAGGUCGAACUAAAAGAAUAGAAGGAGAACACGGACAAUUCAAAGUACAUUACGACCUUUACCGUUGAAAUGCUGUGUAGCAGAAUAGAUGUAAUGCUAGUGCCGAAUCUAGCUGUAGGAGCCCUAUGUCCAAAGUUGCGGUUGAUAGGUCUGAGCUUGUUCUGCCAGCACUCAAAAGACGUGCCGGCUGGGCAAAACCAUAUCAUAGAAUAUUUCUUGAAGGAUGUGUGCACUCACUGAAAGUGAUGAACACCUUAUCGAAAAA